AUGGCAAACGGCGCUAGCAUCAUCAUCGGCCUCGUUUUUGUUGUCGUGGCGUCGCUACUCGCCUAUUUCUUCUCACCCAAAGGCGAAAACCAGACUGUCUGGCGCAGUUCUCUCAUCCUAAGCUUCGCAAGCUGCUACAUAAUGUGGGCAAUAACAUUCCUUGCACAAUGGCAUCCACUCAUCAACCCUGAAAACGCGGAGCUGAGACCGGAGCACGCUCCUUGA